AUGGCGCCGGCGUCCGAGUCAUCGUUGUCGCUGCCCAUCGACAAGCCGCCUCCAGCGAAGCUGGCACUUACGGUCGAGGUCGAUUUCGAGAAGCAGCUCCCCGAUGUCCCACCCCUCCUCACACCCCAACGGAAAGUCCGGCGCGCCUCUCCCCUCAUGUUCCUGAAGAAGACCGUCAAGAAGUCCAGAUUAACGUUCACGAAGCAACCGGACAGUACAGCCCCCGCUGGCCUGCGGUGGCAUUUCAUCUUCCCAGCAUUGAUCAUCUCCUUCCUCGUCUUCGUUGUCGCGACUGCUCUCCUUCUCUUUGUCACCUUUGGACGCUCUUCCAUUGCCACCGCUCUUGAUCCUUGGGCAAUCCAUGUCUCACGACUACCACAGCUCGGUCUGAUGAUAACGACAGUUUCAACACAUAUGGUCGCGAUCAGCGUCCCGUUUCUCGUAUCGGUUAUGGCUUACUGCGUUGCUGGGAGCUGGAUCGACGAGCAAAAGUCGGCCAAUACCGCACGAAGAGUUACCCCUACCCCGCUCCAAUACGCCUACAUUGUCAAACUGCUCACAACCGCAAGCAUAACAUCUGUUUUCGAGGCUGGGCGGUAUAUAAACGCUGCUAAGAACCACAUCCGGAUUCCCCGCGCUUUUUACUUGGCCCUAAGACUGACAAGCACCGUUUUGGGGUUGUCCUUCCUGCUUAUUCUUGCUGAUGUCUGGCUUCACGCUACUGUCUCUGUGGUGUCCAUUAGUCUCAUCCCCUCGUCGCUGGCAGUGGACGAGAACCGCCGCACCGCCUUUGGCAUCGUUUUCAACGAGUCUGUCUGCGCAUUCCAAGGAAGCGCCUGUCUCGACGCGGGCUGGGCAUCAGGCGAGCCCUGGAUCGUUCAAAAAGGGCUCCGGGUCGCGGCCAACACCUCCGAAGACUUGGCCGUUGUUACCAUCAACGGCACCGCGGUUGUCAUCCCCUCCGCCCGUUUCAGCGACCUGCAAUUUCCGUCGUUUGGACUUCGUGCCGAGUGCAACAACCUCACGCCCAGCUGUGUUUCCCCGAAUAACCGACCAACCGAAUGUUCCGCUGCCGGUGACAGUAUUGCUGGCUCCAGUUCAAGCUCGAGAAGCGCUCGCCCCAGUAGCACGUCAGCAUCUACCGUCGUCACCCCCACACCUUUGACACAGAUCGUUGCGACUAGCGGUCUUAAUUCCAACCCGCAGAAGGUUGUCUUGCAGCUCAAUUGGAGUAACUCCACCUUGUCACCGGCAAAUCCUGCCGUUUCCAAAUCAAGCGCGGGAGACGUUUUGGCCUGGGCCUCGUGCGAUUUGACGCUCUACAAUAUCACGGUCGAGCAAACUCGGGGCGUGUUUCGAGUCGGAGACCAGCCCACGUCCGCAAACCCCGCCUUUGCGGGCAUCAUGCACGGACUUUUGCUCUCGCAAGUCGGCAAUUUGCAACUGCUGUCGAGCCUCCAGGCGACGAUGCUGUCAGCAACGGAUGAACCAUCAGCGAUGAACGCAAUGAACCAAGCACUCGGCCAGCUCGCCCUCUCCCUGUUUACAGGCACCCUCCAACUCGAUCCGACUCUAAUUCGCCGCAACAACCCCAUCACCCAAUCGCUCGCGCCCGCAUCCUCCGCCCUGCUUACUCGCUAUCCGCUUACGCCGCUUGCCGUCUACCUUGUCCUCCUCUACACCUAUGCAUUCGCCGCCUUCGCCGUCUUUGUCUAUGCCGCCCGUCUCCGUGCCCCAGUCGUGCCAAGACCUGGUCAGCGCCCCGCCAACACCAUCCAGCUGACUCAGCUCCGUCUAACCGAUCCCCUGGCCCACAUUGCCGCGCUCUACCCGCCGCCCCGACAAGCGCCCGCGCCAGAAGAUCUGCGAGAGCUCUUCCUCGAAAGCGAAGACGCAGCACGACUCGAAAUCGGCAUCCAGUCCGCGCCGAAAGACCACCGAUCGUGGCUGGCCGGCAUGGUCCAGCAGCAACAACCUGUUUUCGGUAUCUACCGCAGGUCCGGGCCCUGGAGUUCUCUGGAAAUUGCUUGA